AUGGAUACAACAGGCACAGGAAUGACAUCAAUAAGUCUUAAUACCACAACUAAACAUCGUGAUCCUCCUCCGUUGAAUGUAUACUUACGUCUUCGUCCAUUUAUUAGUGAUGAAUUUGAACGUGGUGAAAAUCAAAAAUUAAUUGAUAUUCUUGAUGAUAAACAUAUUACUGUUAAGCUCUAUCCAACAAUUAAUAAUACUAUUCGUACUCAGCAAACAUCAUACAAUGAAUACCAGGUUACUCGAAUAUUCAAUCAAUAUUGCACUCAACAAGAAUUAUUUGAACAAAUUCUUGAACAACCAACAAAUGAAAUUUUUACCGGUUCUAAUUGGCUUUUUUGUACACUUGGUUUAACAAAUAGUGGUAAAACUCAUACAAUGUUUGGUACAAAUGAUGAACCAGGUUUAAUUCCUAAAUGUUUACGUCGAAUAUUUCUUAAUGUUGGUCAAAAUAUUGAUAAUAAAGUUUUAUUUAAACCUGUUGGUCUUGAAAAUGUAAUACCAACAAUUGAUUGUGAUCUUAAAACGGAAAUAUCUGUUCGAAAUUAUAUAUUCAAAGAAGAUAAAUAUCGGAUUCGUUUACCUCAUAUAGUUCAAAAACAAAAUUCAUUUGACGAUUUUUCUGUUGAAGGUUUAGAUGAACAUUAUUCCAUAUGGAUAUCAUUUUUUGAAUUAUAUAAUGAAAAUAUUCUUGAUUUACUUGUUCAACCAAAAGACAUGAAAACUCGUAAGAAUCUUCGUUUAUUACAAAAUGAUCAUUCAACAAUUAUAAAAAAUCUUAUUCAAAUACCUGUAUUUGAUAUAAAAGAAGCCGAAGAUAUUAUUAAAUUUGGUUUUGCUAAUCGUUCAACAUCAAAAACAAAUCUUAAUGAAGCAUCAUCAAGAUCACAUGCUAUAAUUUGUAUUACACUUAUUACAAUAAAUGAAUUUGAUGAAGAUCCUACUAUGAGUCAUAUGUAUAUUUGUGAUUUGGCUGGUAAUGAACCAUCAACUGGCACUGGAAAACAAUUGACAGAAACAUGUAAUAUUAAUACAUCAUUGAUGACAUUUAAAGAUUGUAUUCGAGUUUUAAAUGAAAAUCAAACAGCAAAAAAACAAAUGCUUGUGCCUUAUCGAAAUAGUGUAUUAACAAGUAUAUUUCGUCCAUAUUUUGUUGGUCGUGGUCGAACAAUUAUUUGUUGUAAUAUUAAUCCUUGUGCAACAUUUAUUACACAAACAAAUGAACUAAUGAAAUUUUGUGCACUUGCACAGAAGACAAUUAUUGUACAAAAUGAAUCAAAAAUUGGUACUGCAAUCAUUCGACAACAAUGUAAAUCGAAAAAUAAAGGUCCUAAACGUCUUGGAAGACAGAGUCUGUCAAAACAGAAAAAUCUUAGUAAUAAUGAUGAAUUAGAAGAACUAGGUGAAUCAUCAAUGCUAAUGCCAUCAAAUGUCAAAUCAAUAUCUUAUUGGAAAUAUUGUACAAAAAAAGCUCUAGAUUUAUUACAAAAACAAGCAUCAAAUCGACGAAUAUUUAUGAUUGAACGAUAUCAAGAACGAAUACAAACUAUACAAUAUCUACUUCAUCAACGUCAACAAAAUGAACAAUUUAAUAAAGAAAAACAAUCAAUUACAAAACAGAAUGAAAUCUUAUUAAAAAAUCUUCGUCUUGAACAAGAUAAUCAUUCUCAUACUCAACAAUUGUAUGAUAAAGUUAUUUUAAAUGAAAAUCAAUAUCGUCAAAAAUUAUUUAAAUUAGAAAAAGAAUAUCAAGAAGAUAAUCGAAAUACUCAAGAUGAAAUAAAUUCAUUAAAAAAACAAUUAAAAAUUCUACAAGAACAAUUUGAUCGUUUAACUAAUGAACAUAUAAAAACAAUUGAACAAAAUGAUCAAGAUAAACAUGAAUAUCAAGAACAUGAACAAUAUCUUCAAAGUGAAAUUCAACGUUUAAAACGUGAUCAUGGUCUUGAAUUAUAUCGUAAACAAGAUGCUGAAAAAAAAGCACGAGUAUUUGAAGAGAAACUACGUCAUGAACAAACAGAAAAUCAUAAAAUUCAAUAUGAUUUUACAAAAAUAAAACAUGAUUUUAAAACAUUACAAGUUAAAUAUGAUGCAUUACAAUUAGAAAUGAUUGAAAUACAUCAAAAUUCAAAAAUUAAACCACAAGAAGCAGCUAUUCCAAUGUUUGAUGAUAGAACAUCAACGACAACUGUCAAUGAAGAACAACCUGUAGUUGAAGUACAAAAACGAAUUAUUCGAUCAAAACGACAGACUAAUGAUGAUGAUAAUCAACAUGAACAAGAGAUAAAGAAACCAAAACUAAUUACUACUCGUAGUCGAUCAAAUGCCAGUACUGAUGCUACUUAUGCAUUGAUUCAACAAUCUGAUGAACUUAAUAGUAAGAAGAAAUCUAAAAGAAUUAUACGUAAUGAAUCAACGGCAAGUACAAAAACAAAUACGACAACACCUAUUAAACCAAUUAAUAAGAAACAACAAGAUGAUACAUCGGAUUCAAAAGUAAAAGUUAAACGAACUGGUGUUCGUGGUCGACCUAAAAAACAAAUUAUCGAAUCACCAGAACCAACAUUUGUUCAAGAAGAAUCACAUUCACCAAUCUAUGCUACUAUUCAACGAAAAGUAUCACUUGAUAGAGCAUCAUUUGCUACUGUUGCUGUUAAUUCGUCAAUAGUACAACUAGCUCCAUCAAAUGAUACAGUUGGUGAUACAACACCAAAACCAUCAACAUUUAAACGUAUUCAAUCAUUUUUUCGAGCAACUCCAACAUUAACAAGUUCAAAACGAGCUAAUCGAGUGAUACAAGUUAAAAAUACCGUUGUUGCAUUUGGUUCGUCAACACCUACAAAUCGUUUACCUACAUCAGUAGUCAAAACACCAGGACUAACAACUCAACCUACUCCAACUGCAUCAAUUGUUGACAAAAAUUCAACACCAAAAUCUAAAUAUAAUCUUCGUACACGUCUUUUUAAUAAUCCGAUUCCUAAAGAUGACGAUGAGAAAAAAUCUCAAAUAACAAAGAAAACUCCUCGAACACGUAAAUAA